AUUGUAGUUUUCCACUGCUUUCUUCUAGUUAGGACUACUUGUCCCAAGAUGCAAUUCCACACCUACGGUUCCCUAGUAACUAUCUACAAGCGUUGGAGUCAGUGUUGGAGAAAGGGAUUCAGUUCAUCAACAUAAAGUAAAUUAGGUCUUUAAAACUUUGGCUUACCAAAGUUUUGGCUUUGUUGGAAAAGCAAGUCAAGACUUAAGUCUUCUCUGGUGAACAAGUGUGCAGAUUGUGACAUAUGUCCAUUCAAGAAAUAAAUAAACAUGCAGUUCUCCCUCCUAUCAUUAGUAGGAGUGACAAGGAAUUUUUGGAAAGUAUGCAAAGAUACAUAAUCACAGAAACUGAAAGAGUGGGCUGUAACGAGGAAGGACCUGCUGAUGAAUAUUACAUCAUAUACCGAAACGUUUUUGAUAAGGUAAUAGAGUAUGUCACUGCAUACAAAUCCAUUCUUACUUCAAUCAAAAAAGAAUAUGAUGGCUUUAUUGAGACAGUGAAGGAAGGCCAAAGAGCUGCAUUUUGUCUUCAUGGAAAACUUAAAGCUUUGGCAGCAGAGCCCACAGCAUUGGUGUAUCACAGGAAAAGAACAAUCCAACUUGAAGCAAAAAUGAGGGUUAUUGAAAAUAAUUCCUCAAAGAUUCAAUUGCAGAUAGACAAAAUGAAACAACUUAGGGCAGAAUAUGAGGCAAAAGAAGUAAGAUAUCAUACUUUCUCCAAAGAUCCUUCAAAACCUAUUCCAGGCAUGACUCUCCAAGAAUCUGUCAAUUUAGUUGCUCUCACUAAAUACCUGAAACAUCUGGAAGAUAAAUAUGCUGAAAUUAAACAGGCUAUGUUGAAAAAAUACGUACCAAUUCAGAGAAAGGCCGAGUUAGAUGAGGAAAUGAUUGUGACGUUAAAACGGAGAGAUUUAGCUGAAAAUCUGAACAAACAAUUACAGUUUCGUCAUCAGAGACUGCAGAUUAUUUCAAAUGCACUUAUUUCCUGGGUAAAAUCUGAUAUGAGCAGCUCAUUUGAAGACUUUGUAGAGCAUAUUCAGAAAACUAAAAGUUUACCUGUAAUUAUAGGUGAUGAAGGCAUUGUUGAAGAACUGCUUGAAGACGAUCCAGGCAAGGCAAAAGGAGCUGAAAUUUUGCUUUGCUACAUUGAAAGGUUCAGUGAAUUAAUGUCGCUUGGUGAAUAUGAAAAGGCGGCUUGUUUUGCAGCAAACAGUCCUAGAAGAAUUCUUCAAAACAUUGGGACAGUGAAUAAAUUUAAGGCUGUUGGAAAGAUUAGAGGCAAGCCUUUUCCAUUACUCUUAUUUUUUGAGGCCAUCUUUAGCACAAGUCAUGCAUAUAGACGUCCUAUUAAUGCAGAACUAACCCUGGAAGGAAUCAAAUGUGGAUUAUCUGAAAAACGUUUAGAUUUAGUUAUCAAUUGGGUCACCCAGGAAAGGCUCACGUUUUCUGAAGAGUUGGGGGAUGUGAUUUAUGAUUAUGGGGAACAGGAUACUUAUAACAAGGCCAGGUGCCUGGCUUUAGCUCAGAUGAUCUACAGUGAAUGUGGCCUGCACCAGAAAGCUCUUCUUUGCAUAUGUAAACAGGGCCAGAUUCCUGGGGCCAUGGAAUACAUACAGCAAUUCAAGGACUUUACUUAUGAUGACCUGAUGCAGUUAAUAAAGUUAUGUCCUCACAUCGAAUUAAUUCAGUGUCUGACUAGAGAAUGGAAUGGGAAACCACCAUCUUUAUCUUUUGGUCUUGCUAUACUUCAUCUGUUUUCUGUAGAUCUGAAAAAAGUUGGCAUUAAGCUACUUCAAGAAAUAAGUAAAGGUGGGAAAAGCAUAGUCGAACAUCUUAUGAUAAAUGAUCCAUUUUUCUCAUUAGAAAACUGGCAAGAAAUAGCAAAUAUAAGUUUACAGAAUGGCUUUGACCAGUUAUCUCAAGACAUCAUGUCCAUUCUUCGCUCUCAGGCUGGAGUAACUGAAAUUUCUGAAGAGGAUGAUACAGUCAACUUAAUGGAACAUGUUUUUUGGUAGUUCUGUGUCUUAACCAGCUGAGGGAGCUUAUAUAACAUUUUAUGUGUAUUGGUUGGGCAAACUAAUUUUGGCAUACUUAACUUAAAAAUAAAUGUAAAGUAAGAAGC